GAAGUCUGAACGCACUGAGGCAGAUUACGGGUGUGAUCUGAGCUCCUCUCCCUCCGGUUCAGUGUGUUCGAGCUCCAGUAAAGUGCCCGUCGUUUGCCGGUGGCCCUGCUGAGCGGGGUGAGGAAGGACAUUAGCUAUCUCCGCGGCUGUUUGCUUCAUAUACCAACGAGGUUUCUUUGUGGAGAAGAAGAAUGGGCCCUGGUUAGAACCUUCUGGAAACGGCGGAGCCUUAAUUUAGCCACCGAAAGCGAAUGCAGACUGAGGCUACCGGCGGCCUGCCGCCCUGCUCUGCGUCCCGGCGCUGAGCCGACACCGAGGAGCCGGCUUACUGCUGGGGAAGAAAGAGGAAAGCGGCGGUCCUGAGCUAGCUAACGAUAGCUAAUACUCUCAGCUAAAAUCCUCCCCCGUUUCUGUUCUGGGAGUCUUCAGACUAGAAACGCCGCCAAGAUAGCUGGACCGGGCAGGAAACGGCACAACUCAGAACCUGACCCCAGUGAAAGCGGCUCCACUAGCGGGAGCGAGGUGGGCGACAGCCUCCCCAUUAGUGGCAAGUGGCUUAAGAUGGCCAGUAGCAGCACUGCAUCCAGCGAGACAAGCCGCAGAAGAACGCAGAGAGGACCUGAUGACUCCUCCAGCACCAGCAAGAAAAAACAGAAGGAUAGGGCCAACCAGGAAAGUAGGGAGGCCAAGCGGGCUGCCACAGGCGCCAACACAGAGGCUAAAAAAGAUGUCUUUCUGGAUUGGAAGCAGAAUGCCAAUGAGGUAAUCGUCAGACUGCGAUGUGGUGAAGGAACACUGAGACUUGAGAAUGUGGCUACUGCCUUUUCAGAUACAGCUUGCCAAGUGCGCCUUCCAAAUGGUCGUGAGUGGGGCUGUCACCUGCAUGCUGAAAUUGAGGGCUCCUGCAGUAAAGUGCAGUAUAAGGAGAAAGGCAGCAUCCUGCAACUUGUCAUGAACAAGAAGAUCCCCUUCAACUCCUGGCCGUCCCUUAUGAGCAACAAAGAAAAUGAAGAAGUUAAUAUCCUAAGUGAGAAUGGCAACAGUCAUCAGUUAUCUGCAGAGCAGUCUGGAAAAUCUUGCCUGGCCUCAGAUACGCUCAAAGCUCCUAAACAGCACACGCCCCAGACCCCGCCAACGGAGCAGAAACGCUGUAAACCAGACCGGGGUAUGAAGAGAGGGAUCAAGAACAAACAGGCAGAGAACUCUGAGAGUGCAGGAGUUAAGGAAGCUGAGACUAAGCCUGGUGCUAAAGGGGACCAUACCCCCGAGCCUAUUGCAAAGCGUACUAUCCGCCCUUCUAAAAAUGCAAAGGAGCCCACUGUAGCAUCAAGCCCCACAAGGCAACCCCAAUCCAAACUAGCAGUGAACGGCAAAUCCACCACACCUGCUGUUCGUGGCUCUGCCUCACCGUCCUCUGCUGUCCAGGAGAGCAAGACGGAAACUCAAGUUAAGGCUCAAGCAUGCCAAGGAUCACUGAAGGAGAAGCGAACUGAUAAAAAGCCAGAGAGACAUACACAGGCUGAAGCAGAUAAAAGCAAGGAACAGGUGGUGGAGUCAAAGGUACUGCUGCAGGAGCCUCCUGCACCCCAAGUUCCAGCUCAAAUACCCAUGGCUGUCCCCAAGCCAGAGGAGAGGUGCAGUGAAGAAACUACAUCAGAGGAGAGAGACAGAGAAAAGAAAACAGAGGAAGAGAGGACUGCUGAUGCUGUGGAGAGCCAAGGACAAACAGAAGUUCUGCCUGACCACCAAGGAUCUGGAGAACCUGUUCCAGCCACAGCCCCCAAAGAGGAGGAGUCUGCACACACAGAGGAGGAAAAGAGGGACAGAUCUAAAGAGGAGCCCUGUGAGAAGAACCAGAAAGCAGAGGAUGCAGGCCCAGAGCCAAUGGUGAACCUGAAGCUUGUGAAGAAUGACUCGUAUGAGAAAGGGACGGACCUGAUGGUUGUCAAUGUCUACUUGAAGGAAAUCUGCAGGGAGACUUCCAGGGUGCUGUUUAGGGAAAAAGACUUUACCCUUAUCUUCCAGACAAGUGAUGCCAACUUCUUACGCCUUCAUCCGGAUUGUGGACCAAACACUGUCUUCAAGUGGCAAGUCAAACUCCGGAACCUUAUCCAGCCAGAAAUGUCUGGUUACUCGUUCACCCCAUCCCGCAUAGACAUUACCCUGAGGAAAAGACACAGCCAGCGCUGGGGGGGCCUGGAGGCCCCUGCAUCACAAGGUGCAGUGGGGGGCGCAAAGGUUGCAGUGCCCUCAAGCCCUUCCUCUCUUGACAAGAGUCAGCCAGGGAGUAGCCAGCAUGCUCUGCCUGCCAAGGAGGAGCCUAGGGUGGGGGAGGAGAAGCCCAAGCCUAAGCCCCCUCGGGCUACAGAAGAUGCUGGUUUGGAUGCAGUGGUGCCUCGUUCUGUUUCUGAGCAUGUUCCGAUCAAGCAAGAGCCAGCUGUUACUACGCCAAAGCCCACAUGUAUGGUACAGCCGAUGACCCAUGCUCCUCCUAAGAGCACUGAGCGAACUGAGGAAGAGGAGGAGAAGAAAGUCUGUCUCCCUGGCUUCACUGGACUAGUCAACCUAGGAAACACCUGCUUUAUGAACAGUGUGAUUCAGUCCCUUUCCAACACGAGGGAGCUGAGGGACUAUUUCCAUGACCGAGCAUUUGAAACCGAGAUCAACUGUAGCAAUCCACUGGGCACAGGUGGAAGGCUGGCUAUUGGGUUUGCAGUAUUGCUCCGGGCUUUGUGGAAAGGCACUCACCAUGCUUUCCAGCCCUCCAAAUUAAAGGCAAUAGUAGCUAGUAAGGCGAGUCAGUUCACAGGCUAUGCUCAGCAUGAUGCUCAGGAAUUCAUGGCCUUCCUGUUGGAUGGGCUGCACGAGGACCUGAACCGUAUCCAGAACAAACCUUACACAGAAACUGUGGAUUCAGAUGGCCGCCAGGAUGAGGUUGUAGCAGAAGAAGCAUGGCAAAGGCACAAGAUGAGGAAUGAUUCCUUCAUUGUUGAUCUGUUCCAAGGCCAGUACAAGUCAAAGCUAGUGUGUCCAAUGUGCUCUAAGGUUUCCAUUACUUUUGACCCCUUCCUCUACCUGCCUGUCCCCCUACCUCAGAAACAGAAGGUGCUGUCCGUUUUUUACUUUGCUAAGGAGCCCCACAAGAAACCAAUAAAGUUUUUGGUGAGCGUGAGUAAGGAGAACUCAAGCACAGCAGAAGUGUUGGAGUCAAUUUCCCGGAGUGUGAGGGUCAAACCAGAGAACUUGAGGCUAACAGAGGUGGUGAAGAGUCGCUUCAGCCGGAUCUUCUUGCCAUCUCACUCCCUUGAUCGGGUCUCAUCCUCUGACAUGCUCUUCUGCUUUGAGGUGCUAUCCAAAGAGCUAACUAAGGAGAAAGUGGUGCUGCUCAGGGUCCAUCAGAGGUUGCAAGUUCCCAGUAUUCCGAUACCCAAAUGUGCUGCCUGUCAGAAGCCUCCUCUGGCAGACGAUGAGAAACUGAAGCGCUGUACACGAUGCUACCGUGUGGGUUACUGCAACCAGGCUUGCCAGAGAAAUCACUGGCCCAACCAUAAAGCCCUUUGCCGGCCCAACUCUGAAAAUGUAGGGCUGCCAUUUUUGAUCAGCGUUCCUGAGUCUAGGCUAUCCUAUGCUCGCCUCAAUCAGCUUCUGGAAGGCUAUUCCAGGUACUCAGUUAACGUUUUCAGGCCACCCUUCCAGUCUGGUCGGACAUCUCCAGAUUCCAGCUUGUCUCGUGGAGAUCAGCCCUCCUUAUCCGGAACUGUUCCUGAGGGAUUGGAGCCAGAGGAGGAAGCACCUUCUGCAGGUGGAGAAGCAGGGGACAGCCAAGAGCAGAGCACCUGUGGCUCAGGUGUUUCAGGGCCUGAAACGGAAUCGGGGCAGGCUACAGCUCACUCAGGUGGAGACCUGGACAAAUUGUCUACUCGCACCACGGAUUCUGGCUUCUCGGAGCAGGCUUUGAGUUCUCAGGAUCCUUUCAGAGAAAAAGAAACAUCCUGUGAGAAAACUGUGAAACCUGAAGCUGCUGUCCCUGGAUAUCAGCAGUCAUCUGAGUGUAGCAAUGGGAGUACUUCACAGUUCUAUAUUUCACUACUGGAUUCCAGCAACAGCAGCAAAGAAGAAAAACUUGAAGACAAAGAUGAUGCAGUGCUGGAGGUCUCUGAUGAUUGCACUUUAGAGCUUGUGUGGAAGAAUAAUGAGCGACUCAAGGAGUAUGUUCUGGUGCGCUCCAAAGAGCUGGAGUUUGAUGAGGACCCAGGUUCUGCUAGUGAAACUGCCAGGGCAGGGCACUUUACUUUGGAGCAGUGCCUGAACCUCUUCACCAAGCCUGAGGUGCUAGCCCCAGAAGAGGCAUGGUACUGUCCAAAAUGUCAGCAACACAGAGAGGCAUCCAAGCAGCUUUUGCUUUGGCGUCUUCCCAAUGUGCUAAUCAUUCAGCUUAAGCGUUUCUCUUUCCGGAGCUUCAUCUGGAGAGACAAGAUCAAUGAUAUGGUGGACUUUCCUGUGAGGAACUUGGACCUGAGCAAGUUCUGUAUAGGGCAGAAGGAAGAUGUCCAGCAGCCCCCAAUUUACGAUCUGUAUGCUGUUAUAAACCACUAUGGAGGAAUGAUUGGAGGUCACUACACAGCAUAUGCACGUCUGCCCAAUGACAAGAAUAGUCAGCGCAGUGAUGUCGGCUGGCGACUGUUUGAUGACAGCACUGUGACAACAGUAGAAGAAAGCCAGGUGGUGACCCGCUAUGCCUACGUGCUGUUCUACCGACGCAGAAACUCUCCAGUGGAACGGCCACCCCGUCUGCUUGGCCCGCUUGGAGCAGAGUCCUCUGCUGCAGCUGGUGCUGCACCAAGUCAGGCGUCUCUGAUAUGGCAGGAACUGGAGGAAGAAGAGGAGCAACAGCGAGGCGCUGCUUCUCAGGGACUGUUCCGCCCCGGGCUGCGAGGACGAAGAAUCAGGACAAGGGCGGAGGAGGAGCCGGAUGGCCACGGAGGCCUGGCACGACGCAGCCGAGACCGUAUCUCUGAUUAUUCAGACGAUGACCGUGUUCGAUAUUUCAUCCUGGGCACUGCUGCUGCAGUGUUUGCUUUGCUGCUCAACCUCAUCUAUCCCCUGCUGUACAGAUCACACUGGGCUUAGCUUGAGGGAGAAUUGUAACUCAACCCCUCUAUUCUGAAAUUCAGUGACUCAUCGAAAGACAAAACAACCAACACGCACACGAAGGGUGACGUUUCUGCUGUUUGCACAUUACAGAAAGAACCUGUGACUUGUGGCUGGAUCAGUUACAUACUGUGUAGAUAAGGAUUGUGGUCACCUCUGUGGGGCCUUUUUAAACUUCCUUCUUAACUCUGGGAUAGGAGGAUGUGCACCCUGUGCCAUCUAAAGUGUGGCUGUGUUUUUGUGUGUUUAUUUCUUUCAUUUUAAUAAUUAUGUACUGUAUUUUAACACAGCAUGAGUUCUGAAUUCUUUAUAUGAUCCGUACAGCUUAACAGAAUGUUUCACUGGUUCAUAAGCUUUUCACAUUCAAGUCUAACAGUAAUCACUCAGUUUGCUUUGUAAACAGGUUGUAGCUAAUUAAUAUUCUAGACCAGGCAUCAUCAAUUUUAUUCAGAAAAGGCCGUAAAGCAGAAGCACAUCCUGUCUACCUACCCACUUGUUAAAGGCUAAGACUAGCUGAUUGAGCAAGCAGAUUCAGGUGUCCUUUUUUUUAUUGGAAUGAAAAUGUGCCCCCACACCAGCCCAUUGUGGGUUGAUUGGUGAGAGAUUGGUGACUGAUGUUCUAGACCAUUUCAUUUACUAAUCUGUGUAUAUUUAUCUCGUCACAAUCACACAAAUCUUAUCUUUUUAAAAAGGCACGUUUUACAGGACACAGAAAAAACAUUUUUAAUUAAAAAAAUAUAUAUAUAUUAGGAAAAUAUUUUAAUUCUGUUGGAAUUAAUUUCUAUUGGUCCGUUCUAGGGAUGCAGUGAUUAGUUGGAAUAAUCGACAGUGGUAAUUAUUCGUCUGCGCCAAAUUUUAGUGUUUACUAUUCAUACUAAUUUGUUAUUGUACCGCUCUUCAUAAAAUCCUGGGGACAGAAACGUAAUGGGCUCACUCACACAAUUUACAUUUAACUCCAAAAGUGUAAUAACACAACAGUUUACAUGUUUACCACAUUUAACAGUUUUUCAUUUUAAAGCAGUGAAGUGCGUGGCAGAAAUAACUGGUGACUAAUUGAAAUACGUUUAUUUGGCUACCAAAAUAAUCAUUAGUUGUAGCCUUAGUUGAUACAUCAUAAACUUUUACAACAUAAGGUUGUAAGUGUGACAGAAAAGAUACUUCUACUAUUUAGCCUAUAAUGUGAAGAAUUCAGUGUCUGACGACCUGUUUAAAACUAUUAAAUUUAAAAUAAAAAUCAGAAGACAUAUUUAAGCAACAAAUUAGCAUGCCCUGCCAUUAACCAUUAAGAUUCUGCCUGUCGCUUGUUGUAUAUGGGAUGUUAUUUAUUCUUUAGCCUCUAGCAAUAACGUUUUUGGAAUUCUUCUUUUUCUUCUUUCAUUUUACUAAAUCCUUACAUUGUUUAAACCAUACUGUUGCCAAAACAUGCACUAUAUUGUCCAGCCUGCUAAAUGUCAUUUCAAGUAUAAGAUGACUUUUUUUUUUUUUUUUUUUUUUUUAUCUGUAAACCAAGUGCAGAACAGUGCUUUUUUUGUCAUAUUACGUUAAAACAUUAAUCUUAAUCCCAUACUUGAGAAAUGGAUGCAGACCUGUUUUACAGCCGGGGAGGGACUGUAGCAAAGGUUGGAGUGCUGGAGUCUCAGGGAUUUUUGAUGUCUUCUGUAAUUGUUCUAUAUGAUAGUGCAUCCAUUUAAGCUUAAUGAAUGCUUCAAAAGUAAAGACAUUUCUUCCAUCAUUGUGACGUUAUGCUAAUGCAUAUUUGCACGUCCACUCAAAACUAGAGUGCAGCUGUUCAUGAUUGCAAAUAGAACUGAUUUCCACACAGUGUUAUACAGUGUUACUUGUUUGAAUGUGAUGUAAAACAUAUUUUAGAAUAUUUUUUUUUUCUUUCUUUCUUCAAAUGAACUUCAUUCAUUUGCCUAGAUCAGUUCUCAACCUGUCGUCUGACAUGUCCAGAUUUUUGCUCUAUAUCCAGAGACCUUUGCGGACUGGUUGGAGAACUACUGGUCUAGGUAUCUUUUAAUGUGUUAAAAGUGUGUACUGUAUGAGAGUACCUUUACAUGUUUGCAAUAUUAAUUACACUGUAACCAAACCUUAUUAAGAAUAAUACUUUAAGAUGCUGCAAAUUUGGAACAGCAAUAAACCAUGCAAAUCA